AUAAAAGAUGGUGCCUGUCUCAACCACUGACUCUUCAUCAAGCGACAUCCCUGGGUCAGCUGCAGAAACUGGAGGAGUAAGGCAGACGGAGGCCCCAACAUGAGACACGUUUUCAUUUGCUAUGCGAUGAUUCAACUAAUUCUACUUGCUUCGUCAGUUCGGUGUGACGGGGAAGAGUCUGACAGCGUUUCGACCAACACGAACAGCAGAAGAGGUUCUUCUGGCCUGAUAUCCAUGCCACGGAUCGGCCGUUCGGACCUGACCUGGGCCUUUCAGUCACAAGGUGACAUUGUUCCAGCGAACAGGAAGAGCAACAGAGGACCGUCCGGUUUAAUCAGCAUGCCCAGAGUGGGUCGCGCAUUCCUAGCGGUGACCCCAGGAGUGCACGCAGAUCAAUACCUGAAGGACAAACGCGGAUCAUCCGGCCUCAUUCCUAUGCCGAGGGUAGGGAGGUCGGGCCUUAAAUGGCCCUUACCAGAGGCUCUUCUUGAUGAGGACGGUGCUCUGGUGAGCGUGCCGGUGAAGAGGGGUGGAGAUGGCAGAGAAGAGCCAGCGGGUAUGUGGUUCGGACCCCGACUGGGCAAACGCAGCAAGCGCAGUAUCGAUGUCCCCUGGACCGUUUUUACGGUCAGAGAGGUCCCUACAGACAUCAGGGACUACACCCUGGGCCAGGAACCUGAAGAACUGGAAGACUGCUGCGAUCUCUCGGCAGAACAAUCGCCAACACAGGGUGGAAGGAACACUCAAAUUCAUAAAUAGGUGGAAUAUUCAAGUACAUCAGGAAACUAACCGUUAAUAUUAAGUUUGCUUUAUUUGAACAACUCAGCAUUGGCCGCCAAGUGUUAAGCAACAUUUUUUUUCAUAAUCACAUUCGGACAGGAUUAUCACAAUUCAUUUUACAUGGUGAAUGAAACGUAAAGGUAACGACAUUGUACUUACAGAGCCGAAUAAACUAUAAAAAGAUUUGCAAAUUAUAAUAUCCGAGCCUGGAUCAAAGUAUUGAUUCUGUAACAUACGAAGUCUUUCAGUAACAAUUCUAUUAUUGUAUACUGUGCUAAUUCAUUGUUAUGACAGCUAAACAAUUCAUAUCGCUAUAAGUCCGACCCGUCCUCCUUCCUCUCCCCCUUUCAAACGCUAAUGACGUGGAUCGAUUGGCAGACCUGCUUCUGAGGUUUCGAACCGAGGUUGCCAUGACUGUGUACUGACUGAACAUUACGUUUAUACUGCAUGAUCCGUGGUGAGAUCUCAGUUAUACCCAAGCCUGUGCAAAAGCAGAAAUUUGGUCCACGGCCUGGUCUCUGUCCUCAAAUACGACACCUUGCAGUUAUCAGAGAAGCUGUGGAUGAUGACAAAGACACUAUUGACCCACCUUCGUUAUGUGGCAACUUGUGCACUAAAGAUGAUGUCUGCCCUGUUGGCAAGAAAUGCUGCCCAACAGCCUGUGGUUAUGCCUGCUCUGAUCCAGUCAUUCUUGUAGACACUGUGUGAAUUCAUGUACAGUAUUGUUCUCAUAGUCAAGAAAAUAUUUGGCUUUCCCGCUUACUCCAUUAUUGAAUCUGCACCCCUUGAAGUAAGCAGUAGCUCUUCCAAGGAAGGGCAUUAUUGCAUCCUUGGUCUUAAACUGGGGGCUUAGUCUCUGACCUGAUAAUUAGGUGGCUACAUUGUAAGGAUUGUUUUAAUUCUGAGAAUUAUAUAAAAGAUAUAAAUGUACUCUGUGGGCAGAAUGAAGUUUUGAAUGUUGCAGAUACUAUGCUCUGCUUCAAAGGGCUGAUAUGUACGUACAAACUUUGUCCCAUGAGGUGUUUUUAAGGGAGACUGGACUUCAACACUAUCAGAAAUGUCUGCAAUGAUGAGAUGACUUUUGUAAAGAUUUUUUUAUAUGUUAUAGAAACAUUAUUAUAUAAUUAGUGAAUUAUAAUACAAAAAUUUGA